AUGGGGGAGAUUAAAGAAGAAGACUUUGAUGAUUUUCGCCAAGAGUAUUCAAGUCGACCUCGAGAGGAUGAUUCAACCAGCAAAGAAGAAAUGAGUCCCGCAAUAAAAAUGGAAGAGGAGUCCAAUGUUACAGAAAACAGUCAUGAUGGUAUGACGUCUAUCAGGAAGGUAUCAGAAUCAUCCCAACUGGUUACAAUAAAGAAGGAGAUCAAAAAAGAAGACGUUGAUGAUUUUCUCCAAGAGUAUUUGUGGCAACCACGGCAGGAUGAUUCACCCAGCACAACAACCUGCAAAGAAGAAAUGAGAUCUGUUAUGGACAUUAAAGAGGAAGAGAUGUCCAAUGUUAUAGGAAACUGCUAUGAUGGUAAGAAUAUUUCCAGCAAGGAGUCAGAAUCAUCCCUACUGGUCACAUACAAGAAGGAGAUCAAAAGAGAGGACUUUGAAGACUCCUCGCAGAGAACACAAGAAAAUGAUGAAACAAAGUCAUCUUUCUAUAAGGAAGAAAAUUGUUCAUCUGUGGAUAUUAAAGAGGAAAUUCACCAUAACCUAAUCGUGAAUGGCAAAAAUGCCAUGUCCCCUACAAGUGUCCCUGCGGUCAACAUGCAUGAUGGGAGGACACUUCAGUGCACCACAUGUGGAAAGGUGUUUAAACAUGCAGAAUAUCUAAGGAGACACCAGAGGCUUCAUACUCAUUCUGGUGAAAAGACUUACCCUUGUAAAACAUGUGGAAAAUAUUUUGCAACAAAAUACACUCUUCAGGUACACCUGAAAAUUCAUACUGGAGAAAGGCCUUUCCCGUGUAUAACAUGUGGAGAGUCAUUCAGAGAGGGAAGCACUUUAAGAAAACACCAGAUGAUUCAUACAGAUGAAAAGCCAAAUACAUGUAGUACAUGUGGUAAGUCCUUCAGAGAAGUAAGCAGUUUAAGGAGACACCAGAGGAUUCACACCAAUGAAAAGCCUUACCUUUGUACCACAUGUGGAAGAGCUUUUAGAGUGGCAAGCGAUUUAAGGAGACACCAGGUGAUUCACACUGGUGAAAAGCCUUACCAAUGUGCCACAUGUGGUAAGGCCUUUACACAGGCUAGUAAUUUAAAAAUUCACCAGAGUACCCACACUGGUGAAAGGCCUUACCAAUGUGCGACAUGUGGAAAGGCCUUUACACAGGCAGGUGCUUUAAGAUAUCACCAGACGACCCACACUGGAGAAAAGUCAAUGUAGUAGAUUGGUCAGAUAUGGAUAAACAUUAUUAAGAAUGUAACAUUAUUAGAAUGCUUAAUAUGUAUCUAAAAUUAUUUCACUGCUAUAACACGAAGGAAAGGCAAUUUCUUGAAAGGUCUUUUUUAAAUUUAAAUAUCCUUAAGUAUCUUUGUGUGCUCUGACAAGACAAUGGUCCUGAAUACUUUAUUUCCCCAUUACCUUUAAGACAUACUUUUCAAAAAUAGCUAAAUAAUUAAACUGCUCUCUAUUUAAAAUAACAUGCAGAAAUUCGGACCACCACUUAGAAACAUUGCUUUAGACAUCCUCUCAUGAAUUUAUAUGUUAUUUUGUUUUGAAGAAACAUGUUGUAUGUGAUUCCAUGUAAAAUAUGAAUGUUUUGCACUCUGUAAAUAUGUACCACUAUGGACUAUAUGUAAAUGAUUACCGUGUAUGUGGAAGUGACUGAGACCACAAGUGGAUAUAGUAGUAAAAAUAUUUCCUUUGUUGUGUU